AUGAUAACUUUCAUUACUGUUGUUUUGCAGGAAAUCAAGAGAACGUAUGAAAGGUUGAUGACCAUGGUUGAAGGGUUGGUGUCGACAAUUGGAGAAGAGUUGGUUUCCCUGCAGUUGAGGUUGACGGAUGAGAUUGACAAGGAAGAUGUGGUGGAAGCAGUAAGUAGCGAAGAUGACAAAGAGAAGGCAACUGAAGAUGAAGAAACCGGUGAAGAAGGUAAAGGAAGCCCAAAAGAUUCAAUUCUGUCACAAGAGGAACAACAGAGUGAACCAGAAGGAGAUGAUAAAGAAGAGGGCAAAAGUGCUUCGCGUGAAGAAGAGAGUCAAUCUCAACCUGAGGAGAAAGGAGAAGGGAGUCACUCUGGAUCAGAGGAUGAUGGAGAAGAAAAAACACAAGACAAGUCUAGUGAUGCAGCAGCAGAAGAGGAUAAGGGUGUAGGCGAUGAAAUGGAGGAAAAGGAUGAAAUGGACCAGCAAGCACAAGGGCAAAUGGAUGUAAGAAGAUCAACACGGGUGAGAAGCCGUGCAAUCAAAUCUCCCUGGUUAGAGGAGGUGAAAAAAGGCCGUGGCAAGAGAAAAGCUGACGAGAAAGAGGAAUUAUUCCAGAUGUGCACGAGAAGAUGUGAUCAAGAUGAAGGUGCCAAGUACAUUGUAGAGAUGUAUGGGUACUUCUUGACACGUGCUGAGCUUUGCUGCCUACAAGACAGGAAAUGGAUGAACGACAGGUUCAUGUCUAUGGUGGCGAGAACCUUGGUGGGAGAUGAAAAAGAGAACCACAGUCGUGUCAGUAGGCACAUUUUUACACCCGAGUUAAUGCAAACAAUGGCCGCUAAUCCUCUUAGGUGGAGCAUGGAAAAACAUGAACAUGAAAUCUUACCGGAGCACAUAGGAUAUAACAUUGGAGACUGUGACUUCAUAUUUGGCCCCACCCUUUUCAAUUACCAUUGGUUCUGUUACGUGAUGGAUGUAAGAACCAUGCGUUUCUAUGCCCUUGACUCGUUGGUGGACAAUUUGACGAUGUUGAGAUUACAAAGAGAGGAAGAAGAAGCAAUGAAAACAGGGAAGAAACCACAAAGGAAGCAAGGGAAGAAGAGAGGACAGAUAGAUCCUAAGCAAUUCAUGGCGAGAGGGAUUAGAGAUUGUUUCUGCCAAGUGCUUCGUGUGCUGAAGCCAUCACUGUUUGCGGAGGAGGACAAGAUUGACGAGGAAGUCACAUGGGCAAAAGUUCAUGUGCAAUCUGACACGGACUCUUGUGGGGUGCAUGUGUUGAGCUGGUUACAAACAUGGGACGGCACUGAGUAUGGUGAUGACGGCUACACAAUGCCUAAGUACUCCCCUGAAGAAAUCCAUGACUUGAAGGUUGGAUGCUUGUGGUGGCUCGUGACUCAUCGGAACAACCUGCAUGGCGAUGAAGUGCUAUCUUUGCUGCGAGGAAACCCCCAAAGCAAGAGGAAGAAAUAA